UUGCGCCCAAACCCCAAAAUUUUAUUCACCAAAUUGGGCUUCCGCGCCGCUGACCCAGCGCCAGAUUCGGCGACAAAGGGAGCUGUCAAAUCUCUUUAAUUUUUUUUUCUCAUUGAAGUCAAUGUUUACAUUUGUUCACCGUAUCACUAAAAGCAGCACGCAAGAUGGCUUUGCUCCUGAAACAAGAAGUUUAUCGGAAACACGCCUCAGCGAACACAGUAUAUCACUGUCUUUACGGAUUCUACGUACUCGGAUUACCACGGAAAUCUCUGGCCACAAUAUACGGAAAGACAUUAGCAACUAUAUGCAACUGGAUCAGGCAAUAUGAAGCGCACGGUUUUUUCAGCAGGAAAGAACGAGAAAGUGUUUACAAGAAGUUUCCUCUAAAAAUGCGUAAGUGGAUUGUACAACUCUAUGCCGAAGAACCGGUACUGUUCCUGGACGAAGCAAAGGCGAAAUUUGAAAAGCAGUUCAACGUGUCCAUCAGUGUGGCUUCAAUCUGCAGAAUAUUGCAUUCAGAGAACAUCUCCUGGAAGUGCAUUGAACGAAGAGCGAUCCAAAUCCGCGAAAGAGAUGUUCUAGAGUUCUGUGCAGAGUUAUCAUCUAUCCGAUGGGAUUUGUACAAUUUGGUUUUUAUCGAUGAAGUAUCCUUCGAUAGUCGUGGGAUGCUUCGUAAUCGUGGUUAUGCAGCUGUAGGAAAAAGAGUGUUGUAUCGCGGUGAGUUCAAACGCAAACCCCGGGUAUCCGUUCUAUGCUUUCUCUCGGAAUGUGGCCUUCUGGAAUCAUAUUACACAGACGGCACUUUCAACAGGAAGAAAUUUUUUGACUGUUGUCGAGAUUUUGCGAUAAACAGUAAGAAAGUCUUCCAACACCCCGGAUUUCACUCUGUUUGGAUUUGGGACGGAGCACGGAUCCACUGUGAUCCAAACAUAACCCGUUACCUACGCUCUUUGGGAAUACACAUAAUUUACCUGCCGGCUUACUGUCCGUUCUUUAACCCGAUUGAAAUACUAUUUGGAUUCGUUAAACAAAAAAUGAAAAGAAAUUACGUUGAAAAUUCGAAUGAAAAUUUGGUGUUGUUUGUGGGCAAAAUAUUGGAUUCAUUCAAAUCUUUCAGUGCGACGAACAUUUUCCGAAAAUGUGGCUACUAUGCGGGAGGAGUGUUCGACCCUAACAACGGUUUGCGACAACAGAGAGAAGUAUUCGGUUCUAACACAAAUGUCCAUGGAUCGUUCGAACAAUAACGCAUUCAGAGCAAU